CUCCUUCUCCUUCCGGUGCUCAGCGGUAUUUGAGCUGUGUGUCCCUCUUGCUCUUUCUUCUCUAUGGUGAUCCCUGGGUCCCCGCAAUGAAGAUCACCCGCCAGAAACACGCCAAGAAAAACAUGGGCUUCUACAAGUACAACUUCGGCUUCCGGGAGCCUUUCCAGGUCCUGCUGGACGGCACCUUCUGCCAGGCGGCGCUGCGCAACAAGAUCCAGAUCCGCGAGCAAUUGCCCGGCUACCUCGGCGGGGCGACCCAGUUCUGCACCACCCGAUGCGUCAUAAAAGAACUUGAAUCCUUGGGGAAAGAGUUAUAUGGUGCAAAAUUAAUUGCACAGAGAUUUCAGGUGCGCAAUUGUUCUCAUUUCAAAAAUCCAGUGAGUGGCUCAGCCUGCCUAUUGUCCAUGAUUGAGGAAGGCAAUCCACAUCAUUAUUUCAUUGGUACACAGGAUCAGGAUCUGGCAACAAAAAUUAAAAAAAGGCCUGGCGUGCCUCUCCUGUUCAUAAUUCAGAAUACUAUGGUUCUGGACAAGCCUUCUGCCAAAUCCUUAGCCUCUGUGCAGGCAAUGCAGACAAAUCAACUCAUUCCAGAGCAUCAGAAAGAGAGCAUUGCGCGCCUCAAAGAGGAACAGGGGCUGGUGAAGACAGCAGUGCACAAAAUACAGAAACGAAAAAAGGCCGGUGGCCCUAAUCCUCUCAGCUGCUUGAAGAAAAAGAGAAAGGGCCAAGAGACAUCUCAAGUUUCAGCAACAAAGAAAAAAACGAGUCGGAAGCGUAGGAAAAGGAUACCAGGAGGGGCUGUGCAGCUGGGAUCCCAGAAUGUGGAAGCAUAAAAUCAUCUAUGAAAAUGGGACGGAUUUUGCUAUCCCAUGAAUUUUGGUUAAAAGCAAUGCCGUGUCAAGAGAAAUUUUCUUUUAUUUUAAAAAAAAAGCCAGCUGUUUUUCUCUGUGUGGAAUUUGGAGAGGGAGAUAAACUAC